AUGGGGGACUGGAAUCUGCUGGGAAGCAUCUUAGAAGAAGUUCAUAUCCACUCCACUAUAGUGGGUAAGAUAUGGCUCACCAUCCUCUUCAUAUUCCGAAUGCUGGUCCUUGGAGUGGCUGCUGAGGAUGUAUGGGAUGAUGAGCAAGAUUACUUUAUUUGCAACACAGAUCAGCCAGGUUGCAGGAAUGUAUGCUAUGAUCAAGCUUUUCCUAUCUCCCUUAUCCGGUACUGGGUGUUACAGAUCAUAUUUGUAUCAUCUCCUUCACUUGUUUACAUGGGGCAUGCACUUUACAGAUUGAGGGCCCUGGAAAAGGAGAGACAAAAGAAAAAAGCACAAAUCAGAGCAGAGCUUGAAGAACUGGAAAAUGUUAUUGAUGAGCACAGAAGAUUAGAGAAGGAGCUACGAAAAUUAGAAGAACAAAAGAAAGUAAACAAGGCACCCCUCAGAGGAUCCUUAUUACGCACAUAUGUGCUGCAUAUCUUAACCAGGUCGGUAGUGGAAGUUGGCUUCAUGAUAGGACAGUAUUUACUAUAUGGGUUUGACUUAGACCCUUUGUAUAAAUGUGCACGGUUCCCUUGCCCAAAUAUAGUGGACUGCUUUGUCUCAAGGCCAACAGAGAAAACCAUUUUCAUGGUAUUCAUGCACAGCAUAGCUGCAGUUUCACUGUUUCUUAACAUUCUGGAAAUAAUUCAUCUAGGAAUCAGGAAGAUAAGGCAAGGGCUUUAUGGAAAGCACAACCAUGACAUCGGAGAGGAUGAAAUGAGUGGAUACAAAUCUAAGAAGAGUUCAGUGCAGCAGGUCUGCAUGAUGAGCAAUUCUUCCCCAAACAAAAUUCCAUUAACUUCAAGUAACUAUAAGUUACUACCUGAGCAACAAAUGGACUCAGUUGGGCUACCAGCUUACCUACCUCCAACUCAGGGCUUUAAGGAAGUACAGCUGAUCAAUGACCAAAUUCAGUAUGGGAAAUGCAUGAACCCUGACAAACAGAGGAGGAGUGGGGAUCAAAUUAACACAGAUCAACACAGUGGGAGGCUGAAUUUGCAGUGCAAACAGGAUUCACAUUAUGUUGAUCAUCACAGGAUGGUAAAUCAUAUAGAUCAGUACCAUGGACAGAUCUUGAAUAGGACUUCUGAUAAACACAUUGGUGAACAGCACCUUUCUACCAUGCAGAAGAGGAACCUCUCCUCUAGCAGUGAAGAUUCAAACAAAAAGUCACAGCACAGAAAUAAUCAUCUGGGAUCCAAGAGUUGCCUAAAAAGUCAGCAGUCCUUGGACCAGCCUAGGAACAGCACAGUACAUCCCCUCAGAUCAUGUUUGCAUUCCAGCCAUGUGGAGCUGCACUCUGCACUUCGCAAGUACAGUAGGGUGAGCAGCUGCAAGGACUUUGCAGAAGAUCGCAGUGACUCUGCAGACAGUGCUUAUCGCAAAAUCAGCUCCACUUCUAGGGGGCUUUCCGAGAGCAGGCUGGCAAGUGACCCAGAGAGUUCUGACUCUAGGAAUGGUUCAGGAACUGAGUCAAGGAGGCGAGAGGAAAGUCCAAGCAUCACACCACCACCCCCAUCUGGGCGCAGAAUGUCAAUGGCAAGUAGAGGCAGACAGUCAAAGUCUUACCCUCUUUACAGGCUGCUGGUCUAG